CUUGUUAGGGCUAUGGCUUGUUCACAGUCACAGUGUUAGGAAAGGCCAAGUGAUACAAGUUUUCAAGCCUUAUAAAUACUCUGACUCCUUAAACCUUGUCCCAUCAAGCAGCAGCCACGGGUUCCUCUGAGCAGUUGCCUAGAUCUCUGAAAAUUAAAAUAACUGAUGCCCACAAAGCAGGAGAAAGCCAUAAGUAGAAACAAAGAGUAACUAUUUCCUCAGUAAUGUUAUGUAAUUAAGAAAUGGCUGUAAACAGGAACAGUGGAGACCAAGAAAACUGUCAGAUAGAACUCCUCGUAGGAUUGAUAGAAAGGCAUAUCGAAACUGCAAAAGACCUUCGGGAAGAUUCAGCAGACUCUACUGUGCAGGGACACCUGCACAAACAUGACCUUCAUGGAAGAGUCAUAAGAAGAAAACCUUUCCUAUAUCCUCACCACAAAAUCCAGCAUCAGUAGUUUGCAAAGGAACAUCGAAACAAGCCUGAUGCAUUUUGGAAACAAGUCCUGCAGACUGAUGAAAUUAAAAUAGAAUUUACAGCCCACUGAGGUUAAUUAUCAAUGGCAGCUCACCCACAUUCACAGGCAUAAAAUGUUUUGCAGAGCAGCUCUUCAAUUCCCCAGGAAAACAGCACAUACAAUGACUAAUCAUGUGCUUACCACAAAACAGUUCACUCAAACUUAUAAAUAAAUUUAAAUAAAGCUUUACUUGACUUAUUGGUAGUACUUGGUCCUAACAGAAUUACUCAACAUGUACAAUCAUGUUUAUGUAAGGCACCGUAGAUAAAAUAACUUUUAGAAAUGCAUGUUGCUGACUAAGUCUUUCCACAGAAGCCGGACAUGAUAACAGAUGUUCCAGAUAAAAUGUUGUUUACUGAGAGAAAAACGGCUGUUUCAGGAUUUGUGUGUGUGUGUGUGUGUGUGUGUGUGUGUGUGUGUGUGUGUGUGUGUGUGUGCGUGUGCGUGUGGGUGCGUGCGGUGAUAUAGUUCCAGAGUCAAACAACAGCAUCCUUGUGCUAUUUUUGUUUCUUUUUCACAGUAAAACAACAAGGAAGUCUUUUAAUUUACAGUAGAGCUGAGUCAUGCUCAGAUUCGGAAAAACAAUGUAUGGCUCACCAUCAUGUGAGCAAUCACUGCAGAGUGAAGAAGUGAACUAGAUCAAAGCCUCUGUGUUUGUGGAAUUCACAUUUGGCCUUCUUCUGUAAAAUGACACAUGUUGUCAGUAACGUGGCCAAACAUAGUCAAAAUAUUUCAACAUCUGUAACAUCUGUUUCUUCCUUAGGUCUCAAUGGACUGGAGCCAUUUUGUAAUUUUACAAGUCAUAUUUCAGCCAUCUCUUUCAGUCUUGUUCACUGUUGAGGUAGAGCAAACCAUGUACAAGUCAGAGUUGGGAGGAGAUGUUGUGAUGGGAUGCAGAUUUCAGCCUAAACCAUCAAAUCCUGAUACCGACCUGAAGGUGACCUGGCACUGGAUCACCUCUGCCUCUGCUCUGGAAGUGUACCAGAUGAAUAAAGGGCAGGAACACUCAAUAUCUCAGGAAUUUCAAGGCCGUGUGAAGCUUCUGAUGGAGGAACUGAAGGAAGGCUGGGCCAAGUUACAGAUCUCCAGGCUCAAGAUGAAUGACUCUGGGACCUAUCAGUGUUUGGUGCAGAGCGGAGAAGGAGCUGACUAUAAAACAAUAAGUUUGUCUGUUUUUGCACCUUAUAAAGCAGUGACUAAACGCAUUGAGAAGGCCGCAGAUGGGGAUGGAUUGCUGCUAAUCUGCCAAUCUGAGGGAUACCCCGAGUCGCCUGUUGUUUGGUUGGGUGGGCACGUGCAUACAUACAAUCCCAACACCACCGCUGUAUCAACACCAGACCAACUUUUUAAAGUCACCAGUCAGAUACGCGUCAGCUCAUCAGAAAAAAACAACUAUACAUGUAACUUCACAAAUGAUGGCCACUCUGCAACAUUUCAUGUUCCAGAUGAAAUACCUAUUCCACAGGUAAAAAACAAUGCCGUCAUCGUUGUAUUGAGCAUAGGAAUGGUAAUGGGUGUCAUUAUCACUGGAGUGCUUGAGUAUCGACGACGUAAAGAAUCCAGCCCUCCCAGGAAUCUUCUGGCCAACGGUUGGGGGAGGCCUGUUUCUUUUGCCUGCCUACAAAUAAACAAAGAAAAUGAGGAACAGAGAACUAUUUUUAAUGAAGAUCGCGUACAGGAAAAACUGGGGGCGUUUCUGAAAGCCUAUUAUUCUAACGUCUCCUUCAGCACAGAGGUGAGGUGCCACUUGGGCACUUUCGAUGUGGAGGAGCUGCCUCACAGGCUGCAAAACAUUGAGGGCCAGGCUGUUAAACUUCAAGCUUUAAUCCCAGAAGCUGGAGAGACACUUCUUCUUGAGGGAACCGCAGGAAGUGGGAAGACAACCGUAGCCCACAUCCUGGUCUCUUCUUGGACUGAAGGGCCCACACAUGCCCUCACUAAUCUCCUCGACCUCAGCAUGAUUCAGCUUCUCUUAUAUGUUGACUGCAGCACUCUAAAGCGUGACUUGUUUCAGGAAAUAGUGACUCAGCUUUCUUUCACGGAGGAGACAUCAACAGAGGAUGAACUGAGGACUGUGUUAACCAGGUCCAGCGAGGCUCUGCUGUUGUUGGAUGGGUACAGAGAAGGGAACCAAGUUUUUGAUGAGUCCCUAAAGAGGUUCCUAAGCGAAAAAGGGGGAAGCAGGGUGCUGGUCAUGGCCUGCCCGGGACAUUGUCCCGUGCUCAAAGAGACAGUUGGACCAAGAGGGUUGCUGAAGCUCCAAACACAAACUGUGAAGUACUGAGGGCACUACAGUUUGUGACCAACAAAUACAUUAAGCACUUUUUACAUUUUAAAAAUAUUUAUAUAAUUUUUUGGUUGCUUUUGUUGCUGUUACACAAUGUCUGUACAGAUUUUUUAUAAACCCAAAUCUGCUGUGAAAUGUACUGAAUUCAAAGUAAUGUACAGUUUGUAUAAGAGAUUCAAUAUAUUUUAAUUUUGUAUUCUUUACUUGAAAAUCCUGAUUGUCAUUUCAAUUAAAACUAUUACGUAUUAUUAUUGUUAUGUUACAUGUUAACUCUUUUUAGCAAGUUAAAAGAACAAAGUACAUCAUUUUCUCCAUCCCUUACAGUAAGGAUGGAGGAACUCCAGAGUAAAAUCUGUAAUCCACGUUAACUGUGUUUGCACUGUUCAUGAAACCCCUGAGAGUGAUUUCAGAUGCACUUCAAACACUUUAGCUGUUUCUGUUUCUGUUCUGUGUCAGUUCAGGAAAAAAAAGAAAGGUAAUUAUUAGGGUUACUUGCUCGACUGCAAGCAAUGCAGCAUCAGUUUCUAUGCUGAAAAGGGAAGUGACUGUCAGUAUUCCUGGCAA